UUUAAAAUGGCAGGUGUCUCUUGAUAACUGUAACGCAAAAAGCAGGAUUCAUCUAGCAAGUUCUUCUGCAAUGAGCAUCAAGAUUGGUUGAGGAGAAGCAGAGAGGAGAGAGGAGAGUGGUCCAGCCGUGAGUCACAACCGUGACGCAGGCAGAGAGAAGGACAAGGCGCAGCAUCCUCUCCAUCCUCCAUAGCACAACAACGACUGACAAAAGAGGGGAAAGAAAUCCCGGGUUCGAGGCUUGUUAUCAGGCCCAAUAACAUAAGCAGAAUGACUAAAGAGGAAACUUCUGAGGUGGAAGAGGCCCAGCCGGGCUCUGAGUUCAUCAGCCCUGUUCAUGAACCCCGCAAGAAACCUAUAGUGCAUCCAUCGGCACAGGCUCCACUGCCCAAGGACUAUGCGUUUACCUUCUUUGAUCCAAAUGAUCCAGCCUGCAUGGAGAUUCUGACAGAUUCUCGGACCACAAUCCCAGAAUUGUUUGCCAUUAUCCGCCAAUGGGUUCCACAAGUUCAGCACAAGAUUGACAUCAUAGGCAAUGAGAUUUUAAAGCGAGGUUGCCAUGUCAAUGACCGUGAUGGGCUGACGGAUAUGACUCUUCUCCACUACUGCUGCAAAGCUGGGGCUCACGGAGUAGGUGAUCCUGAGGCAGCGCUGCGGCUGUCCAAUCAGCUGAUAGCUCUGGGAGCUGAUGUGAGUCUGCGCAGUCGCUGGACCAACAUGAACGCCCUCCAUUAUGCAGCUUACUUCGAUGUGCCAGAACUGAUUCGCGUUUUGCUCAAAGCCUGCAAGCCUAAAGUGCUCAACUCAACCUGCAGUGACUUUUAUCAUGGCACAGCCCUGCACAUCGCCGCCUCCAACCUCUGCCUGGGUGCUGUCAAAUGUCUGCUCGAGCAUGGAGCCAACCCUACUGUCAGAAAUGAUAAGGGUCAAGAGCCUGCUGAGGUUGUCCCUGACCCCAUGGACAUGAGUCUGGAUAAGGCUGAAGCCGCCAUGGUGGCUAAAGAGCUAAAACAGUUGCUGCUGGACGCCGUGCCUCUCAGCUGUAACCUACCCCGUGCCACCCUGCCCAACUAUGACAACAUCCCCGGCAACCUCAUGCUCUCCUCUCUGGGCCUCAAACUAGGGGACCGUGUGGUGCUGGAUGACACGAAGACUGGCACCCUCCGUUUCUGUGGCACCACUGAGUUUGCUAGCGGGCAGUGGGUUGGUAUUGAGCUGGACGAGGCAGAGGGCAAGAAUGACGGGAGUGUGGGUGGGAUCCGCUAUUUUAUCUGCUCCCCAAAACAAGGCAUCUUCGCUCCUGUGUCAAAAAUCAGCAAAGUUCUUGAGCAGACCCCCUCUUCGGUCACCUCCACCCCAAAAACCCCUCGCAUGGAUUUGUCUCGCGUCACCGGCAAGAUCAAGAAAGAGAAAAAAGAGAAAGAUCGUGUGAAGAGUGACUCCAAGAAAGAAGUCUCUGUCCGGGGUCAGUUUGGAUCCUGAUGGAGUCAAUGUUGAGUUGGGGAUCAGGUGCUGGUGGCAGGCCAAAAACAAGGGAUUGUCCGCUUUUUUGGAAAGACAGACUUUGCCCCUGGAUAUUGGUUUGGUGUGGAGUUGGAGCAGCCCACUGGAAAGCAUGAUGGCAGUGUAUUCGGAGUGCGUUACUUCCACUGUUUGCCCAAAUAUGGGGUUUUUGCACCACCUUCCCGUGUUCAGAGAAUUGCAGGGCCCAAAGAUCCCCAGGGGGAUGGGACACUAGUGAAGAAAGUCCACCAGGUGACUAUGUCCCAGCCGAAGCGGAAUUUUAAUGCGGUGCGAUCUCCGAAAGACAUAACAUCUGAAAGUUCCAUAUCCAGGUUGCUGUUCUGUUGCUGGUUUCCCUGGAUGCUCCGUGCAGAGAUGCAGUCCUAAAUCCACUGCUUACAUCUUUAAUUCUAUCUUCCCCCUCUUUCUGUGUUCCUCCUCAAGAUAAAAUCUCACCUACUCUGUGUACUUCCAUUAUUCAUAUGUGCUUCUCUCUGCGAAAUAACCAGACCGCUGUCCCACCCCUUUGACAGCAAUUCAAUAGCAAAAAAAUAGUGCCUUGUCAAGUAACUAACGUCCUGCAUUCCGAUGAUUGACUUAUAGACGAACAAUCUUUUAUGAAAUCAAAAUAAGGGAAAAUCAUCUCCACUAAAAGCCAUUCAUAUCUCUCUAUCUGCUCGGGUUUUUUGCUAAACCAUUGUUGGUAGAUUAUUGGCAGUAUUCAGGCUUGAUAAUACAGUCAUAAUACACAAAAGUAGGCUUGUACGUUUGUUUUAAUUUGUAAAGGUGCUUUUUUGUUUUGUUUGGAAACAUGCUGCUGUAUUAUGCACCUUUACUGUCUUACUUUUCAGUAUUUUAUAAUGUAUAAACUUUGGUUUCUAAGUUUCAUAUGCCUUUAAAUGAACUAGUAGGCAACACAUUAUUAGCGAACAUCUUAAAAACAUCCAAUAACCACAAUUUGAAAAUAUUCAUGCUGCCAAUUGUGAAAAAGAACAGGGUUUUGUCAUCUGAGCCCUAUGCUUUCUUCAUCUACAGUGAAACUGUAAGUGUGUAGAUUAAAAUAUAGAAUAUGUUGCAUGAAAUAAGCAGGCAUGGGCACGUUUUCAGGUCAUAAACUGCUCUGAAAUGAGAUGAGAGGCCUGCUUUAGAUAUUAUAAGUUAAUAACUUUUCAUUCAAUUAAAAUCUACCACAAAACCAAAGCGCAAAGCUUCAUGAUAUAGCAAAAGCUAAAUGACUGGAUCUUUUAUGCCAAAAUAAUGUACUGUUAAGAACCAGACAUCUAAAAACUCUUAAGAGGAGGCAUGUUCGUUCUUGACCUUUCAUAAAAAAACAAGGUGAAAAUUAAAGGAUUAUACUAUUUUGUAAACCCAAAUAACCAUACAAAUUCAAUCACAAUCAUGUUUCUCUCACCCAAAAAUAUUUAAAUAAUAAUUAAAUGCAUUUGCAUCAUCUAGUAUAGCUUAAAGUGAAGUACAAUUUAUUUUUUAACAAAAAAUUUAAAAUGAAUCUUCAUCUAUCAUCUACAAGAGCUGCUAGGCCAGACUACCUAUCCCUUCUCACUCUCCCUCCAUCAGUUUUGUAAAUGCUGUUCUUUAAAAUCCUGAUCGUGAAAACAGUAUGUGCUUAUGAUAUUGUAAUCAAGUGUGUGGGUAAUAACAGCAAUAUUUACUCUGUGUCAACAUGCUAUAUGAAUAUGGAUAGAAAUCUGUCUACUUUAUUACCACCUAUGGAAGUACAGCAUGAGUAAAAGUGUCUGUCCAUAAUAGAUGACCUGGGAUCAACCAACAGUAUAGGUGAAAUCACUACAGAGCGGGCAGAUUUAGUUAAGGAGAGAAUAAAAAAACGAUGGCUUGACUUGUGCACUCUCCUUCUUGUGAACACUUGGUCAACUGCACUGAUUUACAAAAAAGAGCAACUUGCAAAAUUGAAAAUGUACUGCUUGAGCAGGUCUGGACAGCUUUUGAUUUCUUCAGCCGCCAUGCCAUUAUUUCAUUGAAGAAUUCUUGAAUUUGUGCGGUAGGUUUAGCAUAUGACACUGUAGUGAGUAGAAUAGUGCAUCUUCUGAUAGAGUGCAAAGGUCAGCUCACAAAAAAAAAAUCCUGAAAUUGUGCAUUAUCAUUUUGUGACUUAUAGAGUACAGUAUAUUGCUUUAUGGUGACUUAAAGUUGUACGAACGCAUCAAUAUAUCACUGUUAUUUACCUGGAUUUCAGGACAAGUCACAUUCAGUUUUUGAUGCCAAAAGGAGAGUAAAAGUAUGACUGUAAAUUGAAAUUUCAUAAGUAACUCGCAGACUGGCUCACCCUCCACGCUUUCAAGAGUUUCAGUGUGACAUCUAGCAUCGUCAGCAAAGCUUUCUGUCAUUUUAUAUCCAGUCGUGUAAUUGGUAUAGUUCAUUUGUAAACAUUUAUUCGUCUGAGAAAAUAUAUAUUUUAAUAAUUUCACAAGGUACUUUUUUAACGUCCCGUGCUUUGUUUUCAUGUUAACUAUACUCUGUAAAUCGGAUUAAUGUGGAUCUUAUUCAUGAGUUCAGUUUUGGAUUUGAUGGACAACAUAACUGUACUGCAUGCUGUGUAUACAUUUGCAGGUUUCUUUUUCCUACAGUAUAUCAGCAUGAAAAAAGCCUAUUAAUUACUUAAAGUGGAACUCUAUCCUGACUAUGGAUAUAUGACUAAUAAACAUUAGUGUUUUAUACUUA